AUGGAUAUAGCAUACGGUAAUUUUGAUUGCAGGAGUAAUUUAGAAAGAACUUUUACUAUCCCUUUUUCAGAUUCGUUUGAAAAUGUUCCUUAAGUCUUUUUUUUUGGAAUUUGUUAUGUUUGAACACAUCUUCUGAAUUUCAAUUAGAAACUAAAGAAAUUAGUCUUAUUAGUAUUACAUUUAAUAAUUAUAUAUAGAUUUUUUAUUAUUUAUAAAAUGUCCAUUACCAUCAGGAUAAGUAAGAGCAGUACAUAUUUCGUGGUAUGCAAUCGAUGAUUAAAGAAUAGAAAUUAUUAAUUCUUUUAAAAUGGAUAACCCAACAAAUUAAACUCAUUUUCAUAAAAAUCCUAAUGCAGAGAUUGCUAUUCUAUCAUUAACAAGUUUUGUUUUUUAGGACCCUUAGUUUUUCUUAUUUCAAUAACUAGUAAUUAAUUUUAGUAAUUAGACUUUACUGAAACAUUUGUUUAAGUUGAGAUAUCAAAUCCAGCAGAAAAGUUGAACAAUUUGAAACAUUUAGGCUAUUAAAUAAUUUUAGGGAUAAAGGAAGCAUUUUUAGAUUUGGGAUUAGACACAGUUUCUUAAAAUUCUACACUUAAUAUUGUCCCUUAAGCCUCGUCCUGGUUUAUCACACCUUAUUACGGAUUUAAUUAUGAUCACUCAUUCACUAUUAGGCUAAAUACUUCAUUUUACUCCAAUAAUUCAUAUGCAAUUUAUACUUGUAUUUAAAUUUAUAAAUUAGGGAAUUUAUAUUAUUUUGUUCCAUUUACUUAUCGAAAAGUUUGGAUAUUUUAUUCUUUAGAUGUAACUUUUUAUUUUAUUGAACUAAAAAAACUAAUCAUAACUUAGAAAUAAGAACUAUUUUCAACAUUAGAUCCAUACAUAAAUAUUUUCAUAAUCUAAAACUAAGACAUUUUUAAUACUUAAGGCACAUAUAUUUCAAUAAUUAAUAAAUUACACUAAGAAAUAGAUUUAAAGAUCACAGUAAAGUGUUCCCCAAACUCUAUAGUGAAAAGCCAAUUUUUAAAAAGCCCAAAAACAUAUAAAUUUAGUCAUUAAUGUUUAUCAAUAGAAUAAAAUUUAAAAUAUAUUGCCAAACAUGCAGCUUUCUAAAAAUUUAGUAUCAAUAUCGAAGAAUUUAGUUUAGUAGUAAAAUAAAUACUUUAUAAUCAAAUAAAAUAGGAGAUUGAACUUAUUAAGAUUGAUAUAGAAACAGAAUGA